AUGAACCGACUCGACAAAGAGCAUUUCGAUAACCAGAUCUAUUUCAGGGUCGCAAGGUCAGAUGAUUCUUCCCGAAUUGCCUGGCUAGUACAAGCCGCCUUCCAACGCCUGGACAUCAAGUGGACGGGGCCCGACGUCGAGCUCAAUCGCAACUUUACCGUGGCCCCUGAAGAUAUCCUCACGAUUAUCGAUAAUUCCAAUGCUGCCUUUCUCAUAGCCACCACAGAAAGUGAUUUCCUCAUAGGCGGUGUAGCAGUUAUCAAAAGGACCAAAGAUCUUGCUCGAUUAGCUCUAUUGGCUGUGAACCCAACACAUCAAGCUGUCGGCAUAGGACGCCGCAUUCUGGAGCAGGCCGAAUAUUACGCUGUCAACACAUGGGAUACUAAGACGUUCGGCUUGAAUGCGCUUAGUACGAGGUGCUUGCUGAUUGAGUGGUACGAGAAGAGGGGGUAUAGAAGAACAGGAGAAAGGUUGGAACUUUCGGCGGCGAGAGCGGUAGAGGGAUUGACUCUGUCGAAGGACUUGCACUUUGUUGAGGUGGAGAAGCAGCCCUGA